AGUGUCUCAAUCAAAUCAAAUUCAUUUGACCAAUCAGUGUUUAGUAUGCAUGUACGUGCACCAAAUUUAAAGGCUUUUAAAAAGUGUUCCGAUUUGUUUUGAUUUUUUUAACAAAUUAAAGUAUGUUCCAUCACACUCCAGUUGAAGUGGACAAGGAAAACAAAAACUCUCAAGGACUUACCAAACAAGUUUUAAGAUGUAAAACACCUCACCGUAGGCCAUUAAGUGUUGUUAACUCCUCUGACACUUUUGGAGCUACACCCUCUAGAAAAAAACUCUCCACAAGUUAUCAAUCAAGUUUCACACCAGUAAGGUCUCUCAAAAAGCAGCCCCUCCCACAAAAUACGCUAUGCAUUUUAGCAGAUGAAUCUUCCAAGAAUGCGUCGAUUCCAAAACACAAGGAGACGAAACAGAGUUCGGAGGAAGCUACCCUGAAGCUAUCAUCACACGAUUUGAACAUAAUAGCUGAAAAACAGGACCUCAAUCGUCAAUGGAAAAUUUCUAAUAAAGUCAAUGGUGCGUUACUGGAUGAUGAUAAGCCCAUUGCAGAUUAUGUCCACUCCAUUAUUCAAAGGCAACUAUCAAUUCUACAAGAUGAAGUUGAAGAUUCAUACAGAGACAAGGAUGGAACAUCUGUAAUUGAAUCUCUUUCAUAUAACAGCAUUUCUGAGAAUAUAAACUCAAGUGGUGAAGUGGACAAGUAUCUUUCAGAAACAGACAAUUCAUUACACUUUUCUCAACAUAGAAUUGAAAGUUCAUGUGAUGAUACCUGCAGUUUUUCUACCUUGCUAUUACAUAACCUGAGUUCAUCUGUAUCUGAAAUUGUACCCACACAGUUCGAUGAAUCUCUAAAUGUUCAUGACUCAACCUCUUUACUGAUUGAAAACAAUGCUGAGAAUGAUAGUGGGAACCUCUCCUGCAAGAGUAUGAGUGAGGAUCGCUCAGAAUCUUUACAAAGUACAUCUUUGCAUGCGGUUGAUAUUUCUGACAGGUCUUCUGAUGCUUCCCCACAAUGGCAGUUAGAUGGGUUUACCUUGAUCACAACCAGAGAUACUACUGACUGUGUCGCACCUUUUCAAUCAACAUGGUGCCCAGUUGAAAUGAAAGAUGGUUUCUCGCAAACAAGUCCAAUACCCCACGUUUUAGAUUACAAUUCACCAGUAGAUAAGGAUGACUUUUCUAACAAAAUUUCUAUUUUGAAGAGGGAAACAACUCUAGAAACACUUAAUAGAGAAUCAGAAGCAAUGGAUGUGGCGGUUACCACAAUACCAGUCAAUAUGGUAAAUGGUUUCUCACAGAUGACACCAGCCUCUUCUAAAAAAGAAAGCACAACAACCCCAUGGCCUGAGCUUAAUUUGGCAGAUGGUUUAAAAGAUUUCCUACCAAAAGAGCUGAUAGAUGUGAUGUCUCAGACGACUCCAAAAUCAUGGCAGGAACAAGAGACCUGUAUGACCCCUGUUGCUGAAUUGGUGACGGUUGAUGAAGCUGUCAAUAUCACACCUGCAACAAUGAAAGAUACCUCUUCCCAGAUGACUCCACAUUUCUUCAAUGACCAAUCCACUGCCAUCACUCCACACCAUGCAUCGGAUGCAACCACAUGUACGUCUCCUCUAGCCAAUAUUAAUUUAAAUUUUGACCAAAGUGAAAAGCAGGAAAAUCCUGAACUCCAAAGUCACCUAGAGACUGCUGUCAUCUGCAAUGAAAUUCUGCGACAAGACAUUCAGUCACUGGAGAGUAAGGUGCAGGGCAUGAGAACUCAGGUGAAAGAGAAGGAGCAGGAAGUGGCUCUGCUGACUGACAACUUAUCUGAGAAAGAACAAUACAUCAAGGCUUCACAUCAAAAGUUGAUAGAUGACCUGCAACUCCGAAUUGAAGAACAAGUUAAACAGAUCGGAUCCCUUCAAACGACACUCCGUCAGAAGUCUAAUGACAUUAAUUCUCUGGAAGCAGACAUCAGUUGUAUGAGGGCGCACUACCAGAAGCAGAUUCAAAAUCUUCAGCAGGAUCUUUGCCGUGCUUAUCGUCAACACAAGAAAGAAGCAGAGAAGAUGAAAGAAGAGAUCAACCAGAAUGCCAACAUGCAACAAGAACUCCAGGCUGCGAGAGAUCGUGUGAAUGAACUCGAGGAGAGUAUCAAAGCUUUCUCACACCUUGAGCGUGCUCUUGAAGAAGGGAACCAAGUGCAAGAGGAGAUGGAAUGCCUAAAUGAUUACUAUGCUGGUCUGGAAGUGUUGAUAAAACAGAUGGAAGAUGAGUGUAAGAAGUACCAAGAAGAGAAUUUACUGAUGAAGGUAAAGAUGGAAGAGAACGAUGCAUUAAAGAACAGUGCUCUGGAUGAGGCUAGGGAGUCUAAUGAAAACAUAAGUGAAAUUAGGAUGGAACUGGAACUCACCAAGGCUGAGAAGUCACAGUUAGAAGAACUGUAUAGUAAGGCUAGCCUGGAACUUGGCGUGGCUACACAGCAGUACACUGAUUUCUUAGCUGACUUGCACAGUACAAAAACUGAACUUGAGCAGUACAAGGACACUGUACAAUCCCUGCAGGAACACCAGAGUUUGCAAGAUCAGAAAGCUGUUGAGAGUUGCCUGCAAGAAAUGUGUUUGGAGGCCUCUUUGAUUAUAGAAACUAAACAAGCUUGCAAGCAGAAAGCUCAAAGUAAAUUAGCAAUUGCAGAACUAGAAGCUGUUAAUGGUACACUUAGCAAGAAAUGUUUUGAGUUGCAAUCUGCUCAUGAAGUUGAGAUGCGAGAGCUACAAUCAAAACUAGGUGAGCUUGAGGAAGAGAAUCUUGUGAGUCGACGUCGCAUAUCUGAUCAGUUUCAGGAGAUUAAAGCUAUCUUUCAGGCCAAGGCAGAGUUAUAUGAAACUAAACAAAGCAUAAAGAAAAUGGAAGAAAAGUACAAAGAAUCACAAGAAUUUGUAGAACAAGAAUGCAAAGCAUUGAGUGAGGCAUUAGAGGAAAAGGAAGAAGAAUGUAAGUCAGUAAUACUGGAGUUGUCUCGUUACAAAGUGGUGAUGUACACUAAACAGGAAGACGUUGAUGAACUUCAAGAAAGCGUAGCGGUGCUAAGGCAGCAACUGACUGAUUGUGAAAGUGAGCUGGACAACACAAAGGCAAAUGCUCACCUAAUGCUACUGAACCAACUGUCAGAGAUAACAGAAGCAUCAAAUGAGAUUUCUGGUCUUGAAUCGCAAAUGAUUACUGUAUUCAACUCACUCAUGGACUCAAAAGAUCGUCAAAAUUAUCAGAGAGAUUCUCCAGAGAGACCUGAUGAUAAAACCAAUAAAACAGAAAAUUCAAUGCCAUUUGAAGAUUCAUGUGCAAUGAUGCCCCCUGGCGAUUCACUUGUAGCCUCAAUCCUACAUGCCGUACAAAGCAGCGUGGAUGAUCCCAACAAAAAACCUUGUGUAUCUGAUACAGAAUCUAAAACGCCUGAGAACGAGACUAGGUCACAAAAGUCAGUGAUGGUAGGCUCAAUUGGUAGUGCAUUUACUGCAGUUCAACCAGUAGACAAAGAUGUCAAAACAACAGAUGUUGAUACUGAUAAUUCUAUGAAACAGAAAUCAUCUCUAGGUGAUCUAGUGAGGGCAACAUCUGGUGUAUUUGAAGAUCUUUUAUGGGUGAUGAAGAAGAAAGAAAUGGAAUGGACAAAUAAAAAGGAAGAAAUAUCCAAUGAAAGGCAAAUAAUGGAGAAGAAACUUAAGAAGACCAUUGAUUCUUAUGAACAUGAACACCAGCAGUUAAAAGAGAGGCUUCUAGAGUCUGAGUGCCACAAUCGACGUCUUCACCAGAACCUCCAAUCCAAGUUCUCAGAGUUAGCCAAUCAGGAAAAGAUUAUUCAAUACAGACAACAGGAGAUAGAUGCAAUGGCAACCAAAUUGGACAGAUUAUCUGACUUGCAGAUUGAAAAUAAACAUCUGAAAGAAGAAAUAGAUAAACUUCAGAAUCUACUAAAAGGCUCAAAUAUGCAGCGAGAGCUGCUGCAGAAAGAGAUGGCUCUUAUCAUGCAACGACUCGAUGGCUCACCAAAUACAGGAGGUCAAAGUGGACUAGAUGUCGCAAAGGUCAUGCAAGAAAAUAUAUCACUCAAGCAAGAGAUGGAAAAAUUAAAACUUCAUAUGAUGAAAAAGAAUGAUUAUUAUGAGAACCUUAAUAGCAGAGCUACACGCCAGAUGAAUACACUGAAAGAAAAUUGGAAGAAGGCAGAAGAGGAAAUUGUGCAACUUGAUUCAGUUCUAGACCUCUGUAAAAAGCAUGUCAAUAAUAUCCCUGCCUCAAUGCCGGAUCACCAUUCCAUUCAAGGAUUACAAGAGCUGUUUAAGGACUAAAGAAUAAUAUCUCUGUCUGCACACCAGGUUUGAAAAUGCCAGUGAUUCCUGUAUUACCAUUCCUUCCCAUACAUAUGAUUAUAGAUAACAUCUGUCUGAUGAUGCAAAGUCUUGCUUCAUUUUGUGCACUGUAUUUCUGCAUCAAUUUCUGGCACCAUUCCUUCCAAAAUUACAGGACCUGGUGGAUGAUGCUAAGUAAUCUCAGGAUUCCACUAAAGUAUAGGAUGCUAGUGAUUCCUGGUUCAUUCUUGGCACUAAUCCUACUGGAGUUUAUAGAUAAGAACUGGCGGAUGAUAGCUUCAUUUUUUGAACAUUGCUACAUCCCAGGUCUACAAUGUCUAUAAGGCUAUGUUCACACACUGCAGGUAACGGUUAGCAGGAUUUAGAUCCUGCUAACCGUUAGCAACCAUGCGUUCAUACAAGACAAUCCCCGAUCCAGAUGCCAAAAAAGAUGACAGGGGCGGAUCCAGAAAUGUCCAAAAGGGGGGCCGAAAGUUGGGCCGAUUGAGACAACACUAUCGUAGGGGGUCCGAGGCAUGCCCCCGCGAAAUUUCUGUGUUCUAGACGCCCGAACAUAACAUUUUAGGCAUUCUGGGCUAUCAUUUUUUUCUUUUUCUCUCUUUUUUUUCUUUUCUUUUUCUUUUUUUUUACCUCCCAAAAUUGGGGACCAGGGCCGGGCCGGUCCGGUCCCCCACAAAUCCGUCCCUGGAUAAUGAUCGAAUCACUGGCCAAUAGGAAAUUGGAAAUGCGUAUGUUUGAUUAGUUGAUGAUAGAAGCGCGCUCAACUUGCUAACCUGGUAAUGGUUAGCGCUAACCGAUCGGGCAUUCAGACACGGGUGCUAAUGGUUAGCUCCCGAUCCGGAUGCUAGGGCUAUCGUGUGAAGCUGACCUAAGAAUGUUAGUGAUUCCUUCAUUAAUAUGUGGAACCAUUCCUUUCCCAGGAUUCUAGAGGUUUAUAGAUAAGGUCUGCUGGAUGAUGCUAAAGCUGGGCACUCACUCCGGUCGUCGGCUGACGCGAUUCCACAGAGAACACCACCACGCGCGCAAUGUAUCUUUUUUAAUGGCGAUCCGUUCAGGCUGUCUACGACAAUGAGCAGACGGGGUCGCUUCAUCUAGCACUCACAGGGGGCGGAGUUUAAUUUGUCAUACGACAGUCUGGUUUUAAGUCCUGCCUUGUAGUCUGUGCAUGUCCCUUUCUCUGAAUUACAAAGACUAAAGAUGCUGGUUAGAUUCCUGUGCAUCACUCCUUCAUUUUGGAUUACAGGAAUGAUAACAAUUAUUGUUUGUGUAUACCAUUAAUUUCAAUGUACUGUUGAUUAUAAUGUAAUUUCUAAUUAAAGUUCAAACUAUAAAGUCAAUUUAUGGCUUAAUGAACACCACUGUAUAUGCAUGUGUUUACCAGAGUAGUGUAGAUUAUGUUACUGUACUACUGUAUUAGUGUUGCUGUACAUAUAAUUUAUGUAUUCGAGUACUGUAUUACUAAAAAUCUUUCCCUGGGGGUGAGCAUAAUGUAUGUUUGUUAACAUGGAUCCAGUGAGCAUGUGGUUCAUGUUGUAAUCAAUUUCUUAUUUUCCUUUGGUUGAGAGAUGCAACAUUUAGCAAACUAAAAUGACUGUUGUCAUUGUUGUUGUUUUGUCUUGAAUUUGUAAUAAAGACACUUCAAGUACAGUAGUACAUAAAAA